UUCACGGCGUAAGCAGUUGUCUGCCAGUGGCUCUGGAGGCAGACCCGAGCGGUCGCCGUCCCUGUUUAUAGAGACAAAGGAGGGAAGAAGCAUGUCCCGUCUGUCUCUAACACGGUCCCCGGUUUCUCCGCUGGCUGCUCAAGGAAUUCCUCUCCCAGCUCAACUCACCAAGUCGAACGCUCCUGUGCACAUCGAUGUAGGAGGACACAUGUACACCAGCAGCCUGGCUACCUUGACAAAGUACCCAGACUCCAGAAUAAGUCGUCUGUUUAAUGGCACAGAGCCUAUUGUCUUGGACAGUUUAAAACAACAUUAUUUCAUUGAUCGAGAUGGUGAAAUUUUCAGAUAUAUAUUAAGCUUCCUAAGGACAUCUAAGCUACUGCUCCCAGAUGACUUUAAGGACUUUAAUCUUUUAUAUGAAGAAGCAAAGUAUUACCAGCUGCAGCCAAUGAUUAAGGAACUUGAGCGAUGGAAACAAGAGAAAGAACAAAGGAAACAUUUCCAGCCUUGUGACUGCUUGGUCGUAAGAGUGACUCCAGAUCUGGGGGAAAGAAUUGCAUUGAGUGGGGAGAAAGCUUUAAUAGAAGAGAUCUUCCCGGAGACCGGGGACGUCAUGUGCAACUCCGUAAACGCUGGCUGGAACCAGGACCCUACCCACGUUAUUAGGUUUCCUUUGAACGGAUACUGCCGGUUGAAUUCAGUGCAGGUGCUCGAAAGAUUAUUUCAGAAGGGAUUUAACGUGGCAGCUUCGUGCGGUGGUGGGGUGGAUUCCUCUCAGUUCAGUGAAUACGUGCUGUGUCGCGAAGACAGACGACCACAACCUACCCCGACGAUCAGAAUAAAACAGGAGCCCCUGGACUAGACCCUACCCGUACUCCUUUGUAACCGUAGAAGUGUUUAAUAGUCCCUUAUGUGAAACACUAAGGAUUUGCAAAACAGUAUUAGCAAACAGAUUUUGACUUUAUGUUGCCAAUUAGUGGUAUUCUGAAACUACCUGUCACAUAGCCAGCCAUGAAAUGCAUUUGAAAAACCAGUUGUCCGUUUUUCACAAUGAAAUUCCUGAGCAUGCUCAGCGCACCAGCCCCGCUGGGAAUGUACUUUGGGCUGAACAGCUCUGGUGGAGAAAAAGGCAAAGCUUCGUGAACCCCUGACCCUAGAUUGGACUUCUGCAGAAAGACCAGUUAAAGCAAAUUGAGUAGAUCGGCAGGAGAAGCGGUUCUGAGAGCCUUCCCAACGAUACCCCGAUGCUGUGACGCGUGGAAGUGGGCACCUCCGAGAGGAAGACGGUACACUAAAAACUGCACUGAGUAUCUUCCCUGACUGCCGCACCUCCUUCAUAUCAGACGUGCUUUACACCUCCGUACGCUACAUUACACUUCCGUGAUUGUACUCGCUCAUGCUAGCAAAUGGCUUAUUUUUAUACAACAUUUCCAACUGAAAUAUCUCUCUGUGGACAGAAUCCAGAAUCAGAAAAGGACAGAUUUAUAGUCAACUGGUGCU